AUGUCAGCGCGCGGAGGUGAGCGCGGCCGCGCGAAGCCUACCCGCUCGAGGACCUUCACCCGCGGCGGAGCGCACAACGCCAACCGCAACGGCUCCGCCACUGCCAGCGAUAGCGACGGGAGCAACGGCCAUAGCUUCCGCGGCGGUCGCGGUCGCGGUGCUGCGAGGGGCACAUCGACCAGAGGCGCACCCACCGGCCCCCGUCAGAAGCAAACAUUUGGAGGCCCGCAGGCGCGUCGCCCGAGCAAUUCGACCUCACAGGCCAACGGCUUUCAGCCGGCUUCGACCGCAGGACUUCCAUGGCCUCAGCGCUACGAAACACUCAAGUCGAACCGCGCUCUCGAACGGAAGCACGCGAUCGCGAAUGGAUUGAUCCAGGACCCUGAUAAGCCGCGCCGCUUGGAAGAUGCCAUCACCAUCGUUGGGACCUGCCCGGACAUGUGCGCGGAGUAUGAGAGGGUGGAACGCGUGGUUCAAAAGGAUGUGUGGGAGAUGGAAUUGGAACCCGGCACAAAAGAGCCUUCGGAAGCCCGCAUGAUCAAGAAGUUUCGACGCGCCGCUGCUGGCCUGGAAGAGCAGCUUCCCUCCGACCUAAGGCCUCCGACCACACUCUCGAAAACGUGCGAUUACCUUUUCAACGUCAUUCUCUCUGAGCACGAUCUCGGGAAGGCGCACAAGUUCCUCUGGGACCGGACUCGCGCCGUGCGGAACGACUUUACUAUUCAACAAUGCACGAAGACCCCCGAUAUCAGGAUACAGAUCGAUUGCUUCGAGCGCAUUGCCCGCUUCCACAUUCUCUCCCUACAUCAGAUGGCUCUGCCAAAGGAAGAGGUACCUUCGUCAUACGAUAGGCACCAGGACCGCGAGCAGCUCGACAAGACGCUUCUUACCCUCAUAACCCUUUAUGACGAGAACCGGGCGCGAUACCGUUCCCCCAACGAGCCCGAGUUCCGCGCCUACAGCAUCCUGUUCCAAAUGGAAGCCAUAGUCCCGGAUAUUGAGGAUAGACUGCAAUCAUGGCCGGCGGACAUAAUCAAGAACCCCCGCGUACAGACAGCACUGAGGAUUUACACCUCAGCAACGGACACUUCCCAGGACCUGGGUCCCCUAAACCCCAGGAUCAGCCACCCCAUCGGCCAGUCAAAUGCGGGAAGGUUCUUUAACAUUAUCAAGUCAAGUCAGGUUUCCUAUCUCAUGGCCUGCGUGGCUGAAUUGGUCUUCAACAUGGUUAGAAGGUCCAUGCUCAACAAAAUCUGGACAGCCUACCGGAUGGGGGGUGAGAGAAAAGUCGAAGACUGGAAUCUGGAGGAGAUCGCGAGAGUCAUGCACUUGGAUGACUAUGAAGAAGCGCGAGAGUUUUGCGAGGCAUACGAUUUCUCCAUCAAGGAGAAGGAAGAUGGAACCGAGUUUAUCGACCUUACCUCUGUUCCCGGCAAGGUUUUCCCGUCGGCCAGCCCGAAUUUGAGGAAGCAGUUUCGUUCUGAGAUGGUGGUGGAAGCCAAACGAUUUAACAGGACGUAUUCUGCCAUCGUCAGUGGCAUGACGGUCAAGCAAGCAAAGGAGCGUGGAAUGAUUGAAGAGAUUGAUGUCAAUGCGGCUCAACCCUCGCUCUUUGUCAAUCAGGAUUCCGAAUCCGACACGGACACAAUGACUACUUCUGGCUCAUCCUUCAAUAAACCCACAAAUCCAUUUGCCGCAGCAGCUGCCGCAGCGCCCAAAAAUACUCUCACCCAAGCUGCACCUGGCUUCGGCGCACCGGCUGCUCCAUCAGCAUUUGGAAAGCCUGCCACUCCAGCUCCAGCUACAUCCUUUGGGGGGUUUGGCACUCCUUCCAGCCAAGGUUCGAUGCAGUCCACACCAAGCUCUCUUGUUUCCAAUCCAUUCUCACCGUUUUCAGCAGCUUCUACUCCGACAACCGCUGUGCCCAGCCUCAGUGAAACUUCCUCGCCUUUCCAGUCAGGCGUGUUAUCCGCGGCACCAUCUCCUUUCGCGAAGCCUGCAUCUGCGGCUGCGGCAUCAAACACUUUUGCUGCUCAAUCAUCCCCGUUCCAGCUUGGUGCUCAGCCGACACCCUUUUCGGCUUUCGGUCAGCCAGCACAAGCUCAGAAAUCGACGACGCCGACCAGCUCGUUCGAGCACCCUAGCGAUACGCCGCCAGGCUCGCCACCAAAACGCCCGGCGUUCUCAGGUCAGACAUCCUCAGGCCAGACGUCAUUGGCUCUCACUACGACACCCCCUCUCUUCCCAACAGCGACGGCUCCCUCGGGGCUGGGCAAGCAGCCGCUGUCUACUCAGAGCAGCACCUUCGGUUUUCCACCCGUAGACUCAAAUUCGGAGGCUACUAAGGAAAACCAACCGCCUAGCAGCAUUUUUGGCUUCCCGCCCGUUGCUACGAAGAGCUCUGUCCCGGGGAAUACGGCUACUGCUACACCGGCAGGCAGCCCCUUCCCUUCUUUUACUCCUGCCACGGCAAAGUCUGACGAGAACAAGAACUCAUUUGGUUCCACUCCGUCUCGAGUUUCAGACACAUCGCCCGCUAAUUUCUUCAUCAAGCCUGGUCAGAAUCAAGCGCCUUCUGCGCUGGCUCAAGAUCAGGCGCCAAGCUCCGCGCUUGCACCUUCCUUUCCUCCCACAAACCCCUCUGCCUCAUUGAACUUCGAUCCUCAGACUCCAAGACCUUCACUUGGAGCUUUCAACCCCUCCAAAUUUUCUACGCCAACCUCUACCGUCGAGCCUAUCUCAAAACCAUCAGCGCCGUUCUCGCUUGGGAACACCACAAGUACUACCCCCGCUCAACCUCCCCAGCCCUCAGAGUUCAACCCAGCUCCUACUUUUACCCCUGCGACGCCAAGCUUCACGCCACCAACAAGCUUCACGCCACCAACAAGCUUCGCUCCUGCGCCGCCUAUAACACAAGCUUCGAAGGCGCCUCCCGCUCAACCUCAGCCAGAUCCUUUGGCCCUUGCUAGAGAUAAGGCCCGUAAGGAGAGACAGGCAGGUCUAGCCAUUGACAGGAUCACCGAGAAUCUUGUCAUGCAGCCUAAAGUCGGCCUACUCAGUCAGUUCGUUGAGCACAUGGCACACAAUGUGAUCAUAGAUGCCAUGAAAGAAUUCGAAGAAGAGAAGAACCGGAAGGUUGCUGAUGAAUUCCGCGCGAGAAGUCUUGCAUUCAAGUAUGGCCAGAAGUGGAGAAGCAUUUGGUGGUCAGAAAAGCUCAGGCGCCGCGGACGUGAGCGAAGGAAAGCUCGUCGCGACGCGCUGAACGCUGCUGCCUCUCGACGGGGUCCCGCAGGGAUCGAGAACGAUGUUCAAGACUUCAAGAGUACGAUGGGCGCAAGCAUGAGGAGGUUGGCUGCUAGCAACGGCUCGCGCGGUAAUGGACACUUCCGUGGCUCCUUCAGCUCCAGCAUUGGAGUGCACGACAUUCUCGACCGGGAUAUGCGGCGCCCUACUAGCUCGCAGAAUCAGUCGUACAUGAUGUCUGGAGCUUUGCCAAGCAAUGGCAGUCGUCGCAGCAGCAUGCUGUCUGAUGCUCUUGGACCCAACAGAGACGAGUUUCGCGUCUCGAAGUCUAAGAAAGCUCCUCUACAGCCGCCUCAACUUCUCCGGCACCGCGCGCGAUUUCUGUCUGGGGAUCCUCUUAUUCCAAAAGAAAGCAGCUACACCGGUCGCAUCAGCACCACUCAGACAGACUACUUCAGGCUCAGAGCACUCGGUAUCAGCUACGAGGACGUGCAUGGUGAUAGGCGGGGCCGGAAGCGGUACCGGGAGUUCGAUGACGACGAGGAAGCCAUCCUCUCUGAUGGCGAUAGCGAAUCAGUGACUCCUCCCGAAAGGAAGAGGAGAGUUGGGAUGGGGACCCGAGACUAUCGACUCAGUCAAAGCCGCACCUCGGUAGGCGAAAACCGGGAGACAGAAACAGUCACCAGUGCACCGAGCACCAUCAACAAUGAGGGCCACGAUGAGGAUCUUCGGGAUCCUACCAUUGCUAAGGCACGCGCACUUCAGAAAUCCAUGUCUGAGUCUAUCGACUACUAUCGAAACAUUCGAGAGCAGAUCGAGAGGGAAAGGUCAGAGUCAGUUCAAAACUCAACCGUGGAUCCUCUUGCUCGAUCGUACAGCAACUUCCGCGCAUCCGCAUUUCCUGGAGCGCGGCCAGCAUCUACUGAACUUCCCAAGUACUGGAGCCGGGAGAGCAAGUUCCUGCCUCGCUCGGAAUACGGUGGAGCUCGUUGGCUGGCGAGCACAGAUAAGGGCAAGGGAAAGGCUUUCGAAGCCCCUACUGACGGAAAGUUAUCCAACUUCCGUCAUCAGGUACCUGCUUCUCAACCGGUCAAUAGCGCUACGCCUUCUUUGCAGUCGUUCACCUCGGUUGUUCCGGACAGCAACCCAUUCAUUUCCACGCAAUCUUCCAAGAACCCUACAACGAACGGAACAGGAACGCAAGACAACGAGAUUACAAUACUCUCAUCUGACGACGAAGCUGACGUAAAGGAAAGUCAGGCCCCUGUCAAGAUGGAAACAGCCUCGGCCAACGUAGACGACGAUGACCAUGUGAUGGAAGUUGACCACGCCGGGGAAUCUCUGUCUGUCGUCGAAGAUCUUGAAAGUCAGUAUUGCCAGCAUGGAGAGUUUGACAGCCAUUUCGAGGACCCGUAUCAGUAUGCUCAGCCUCUCGAAACCACUGAGAUGGAUGAAGAUGAGAUUGACCCGGCGCUUCUGGAUGAGGAAGAAGACGGAGAGGAACGGAAUGGCGAGGAAGCGGAGGAGGGUAACGAUGAUGAUGAGGACGACGAUGAGGCGGAUGAGGCGGAUGAGGAGGAAGAAGACGAAGAAGGAAUGACUGACGAGGAUGAAGAUCUCUAUGAUGAGGAAGAGACAGGGAGCGAGGAGGACAGCGAGGAACGUGGUGUCACACCAAGUGGCAAGUACCAGGACAAGGGCAACAGUUUUGAAGACGCGAUCGAGCUGUGA